GAGCCCAGAUUCUCUUUGUUCCGCAGCCAUUUCAGGCCCCGGACGGGAGGCAGCGCCGCUUCGGCAGAAGGCCCGAGCGCCGGAGGCCUCUGGGAUGGUGUGGGACCGGCAAACCAAGAUGGAGUAUGAGUGGAAACCCGACGAGCAAGGGCUCCAGCAGAUCCUGCAGCUGCUGAAGGAGUCCCAGUCGCCCGACACCACCAUCCAGAGGACCGUGCAACAAAAACUGGAACAACUCAAUCAAUAUCCAGAUUUUAACAACUACCUGAUUUUUGUUCUGACAAAAUUAAAAUCUGAAGAUGAACCCACAAGAUCAUUGAGUGGUCUCAUCUUAAAGAAUAAUGUGAAAGCACAUUUUCAGAACUUCCCAAAUGGUGUAACAGACUUUAUUAAAAGUGAAUGUUUAAAUAAUAUUGGUGACUCCUCCCCUCUGAUUAGAGCCACUGUAGGUAUUCUGAUUACAACCAUAGCAUCCAAGGGAGAAUUACAGAAUUGGCCUGAUCUGUUACCAAAACUCUGUAGCCUCUUGGAUUCUGAAGAUUAUAACACCUGUGAGGGAGCAUUUGGUGCCCUUCAGAAGAUAUGUGAAGAUUCCGCUGAGAUUUUAGAUAGCGAUGUUUUAGAUCGUCCUCUCAACAUCAUGAUUCCCAAAUUUUUGCAGUUCUUCAAGCAUAGUAGCCCCAAAAUAAGGUCUCAUGCUGUUGCAUGUGUCAAUCAGUUUAUCAUCAGUAGGACUCAGGCUCUGAUGUUGCACAUUGAUUCUUUUAUUGAGAAUCUCUUUGCAUUGGCUGGUGAUGAAGAACCGGAGGUACGGAAAAAUGUGUGCCGGGCACUUGUGAUGUUGCUGGAAGUUCGAAUGGAUCGCCUGCUUCCUCACAUGCAUAAUAUAGUUGAGUACAUGCUGCAGAGGACCCAAGAUCAAGAUGAAAACGUGGCUUUAGAAGCCUGUGAAUUUUGGCUUACUUUGGCUGAGCAGCCAAUUUGCAAAGAUGUGCUUGUGAGGCAUCUCCCAAAGUUGAUACCUGUGUUAGUGAAUGGCAUGAAGUACUCAGAUAUAGAUAUUAUCCUUCUUAAGGGUGAUGUUGAAGAAGAUGAAACAAUUCCUGAUAGUGAACAGGAUAUAAGGCCACGUUUUCAUCGAUCCAGGACAGUGGCUCAGCAGCAUGAUGAAGAUGGGAUUGAAGAGGAAGAUGAUGAUGAUGAUGAAAUUGAUGAUGAUGAUACCAUUUCUGACUGGAAUCUAAGAAAAUGUUCUGCUGCUGCCUUGGAUGUUCUUGCAAAUGUGUAUCGCGAUGAGCUACUGCCACAUAUUUUGCCCCUUUUGAAAGAAUUACUUUUUCAUCAUGAAUGGGUUGUUAAAGAAUCGGGCAUCUUGGUUUUAGGAGCAAUUGCUGAAGGCUGUAUGCAAGGCAUGAUUCCAUACCUUCCUGAGCUCAUUCCUCACCUUAUUCAGUGCCUCUCUGAUAAAAAGGCUCUUGUGCGUUCUAUAACGUGCUGGACUCUUAGCCGCUAUGCACACUGGGUAGUCAGCCAGCCACCAGACACGUACCUGAAGCCAUUAAUGACAGAAUUGCUAAAGCGUAUUCUGGAUAGCAACAAGAGAGUACAAGAAGCUGCCUGCAGUGCCUUUGCUACCCUGGAAGAGGAGGCUUGUACUGAACUUGUUCCUUACCUUGCUUACAUACUUGAUACUCUGGUCUUCGCAUUUAGUAAAUACCAGCAUAAGAACCUGCUCAUUCUUUAUGAUGCCAUAGGAACUUUAGCAGAUUCGGUAGGACAUCAUUUAAACAAACCAGAAUACAUUCAGAUGUUAAUGCCUCCUCUGAUCCAGAAAUGGAACAUGUUAAAGGAUGAAGAUAAAGAUCUCUUCCCUUUACUUGAGUGUCUGUCUUCGGUUGCCACAGCCCUGCAGUCUGGCUUCCUCCCAUACUGUGAACCGGUCUAUCAGCGUUGUGUAAACCUAGUGCAGAAGACACUCGCACAAGCCAUGCUGAACAAUGCUCAGCCAGAUCAGUACGAGGCUCCAGAUAAAGACUUUAUGAUAGUGGCUCUUGAUUUGCUCAGUGGCCUGGCUGAGGGACUUGGAGGCAACAUUGAACAGCUGGUAGCACGAAGUAACAUCCUGACACUGAUGUAUCAGUGCAUGCAGGAUAAAAUGCCAGAAGUUCGACAGAGUUCCUUUGCCCUGUUGGGUGACUUGACAAAAGCCUGCUUUCAGCAUGUUAAGCCUUGUAUAGCUGAUUUCAUGCCAAUACUGGGAACCAACCUAAAUCCAGAGUUCAUUUCAGUUUGCAACAAUGCCACAUGGGCUAUUGGAGAAAUCUCCAUUCAAAUGGGUAUAGAGAUGCAGCCUUACAUUCCUAUGGUGUUGCGCCAGCUUGUAGAAAUCAUUAACAGACCCAACACACCAAAGACGUUGUUAGAGAAUACAGCAAUAACAAUUGGUCGUCUUGGUUACGUUUGUCCUCAAGAGGUGGCCCCCAUGCUACAGCAGUUUAUAAGACCCUGGUGCACCUCUCUGAGAAACAUAAGAGACAAUGAGGAAAAGGAUUCAGCAUUCCGUGGGAUUUGUACCAUGAUCAGUGUGAAUCCCAGUGGCGUAAUCCAAGAUUUUAUAUUUUUUUGUGAUGCUGUUGCAUCAUGGAUUAACCCAAAAGAUGACCUCAGAGACAUGUUCUGUAAGAUCCUUCAUGGAUUUAAAAAUCAAGUUGGGGAUGAAAAUUGGAGGCGUUUCUCUGACCAGUUUCCUCUUCCCUUAAAAGAGCGUCUUGCAGCUUUUUAUGGUGUUUAAUUGAAUACACUUAAGCUGCAGUCCCAAAAUUAGGGGUCCUUCGGUCUUGGAGACUCUGAGGGAGCCUCUGCACCCAGGGAAAAUGUUACCCUUUACAGGGGGGAAGGGUAACCCAGUAGGGAAUGCAGUACAAUCCCUACCCUACUGGGAGGGGCGGGAGGGAGGUGUUGCCGUCACUGUAUUAAGUCGAUGUUGGGAAACGUUUUAACAUCUGGAGCCUUUGUGGGUGGAAAUCUGUCUCCAAUUACAACUCUGCACUGGAUGUGAAGAAGCAAAAAAAUCUAUUCAGUCUACUCACAAAACAGUACAUUCUGGAAUAUUAUGGGGAAUUGUACCAAAACAAGAACCAUAUAAAUGAUGCAUUAGGGAUAAGAAAGAGGAAAAAUCCUAUAGCGCACAAUAAAGGAAACCUAAGAAUGGGGGUUACAAACAGUAAAGAAGCUCUUUUUUUUUUUUUUAAUUUAAAGAUUUUUAUAUUAAAUUUUCCCACUUGGUGGGGUCUGGUUUUGCAUGCUGAUAAAGAACUACACAGACAAAGCUAAUAGAGUUAGAAUCAGCUUGCCGUCCCAUGGGAGACGCAGGUUCUUGGAAGUUACAGUUUAAGGUACCCCAGAAAAAAGGUGGAAAUAAAACAAAUUUAAGAAAUGAGGCACCCUAUGAAAUGCCAAAUGAGUCACUCCUUUUACUUUCGUGGGGUGGGCAGGGAGAGAGGGGAGUAGGUGGGGCUGGGCAUAUCAAACUAAAGAGGACAUGUUAAUUUUGCAUUAAAACAUUAAUGUAGUGGAUAUAAUUUGAUGGUUGUACUUCAUUAGAUUUAAUUUCUAGGCCACAACUUUAAAGUGCAGUUUAAGGUUCAGGCAUGCAUUCUGGCUCAUAGUGAUUGAAAGUGACUUAAAUUAGUGGGGAAGUAGCAUGCUUGCAUCACAUAGAGUGACACUGGUAUUCAUUUUACCUAUGUUGCGCCAGUUUGUGUUGCAGUUUACCAAUUCAAGUUAGCCCUGCAUUUAAAAUUCCUUUUUAAGAUUUGUGGAUUUUAUUUUUAUUAAGAAUAUAGAUAUAUAAAGUCCUGUAGUUUACAGCUAGGCCUUGAGAUACCUUUCUUAGGAUCUGUUAGGAAUAAGAUUGAUAUUGUAUUGUGUGUAACCUGCACAAUGUGGAAAGCUGAUAUCCUGUGCAAAAUCUUUGCCUCUGUGCUGUCAGUGUGAUGUGCUUUCUGCAUGGUUAUAUACUACUAGUGAUUUUAUCAAAAAUUCUAAAAUUUAAAAUACAUGGUAAAAGAUCUGUAAAAGGCUGCAUAAAUGUUAGUUGGCACAUAAAGACAAUUGUAGAAGUUGAAAAAUGAUUGCUAUAUUUCAAUGUUUAUUCCCACUCAACAUAUUGCCUUCUAAGCUUUCUUUUUUUCUUUUUUCUUUUUUUUUUCUUUUGUUCAAAGCAUGAUCUUGAAGAUAUGUUUAAGUUAAUGGAUGUAAUGCAGGGUUCCUACACUGUAUUGGCGCAUGUUGGUGGCCCUCUGUGCCCUAAAUAUAUGCACACAGGGUGCAAGUUAAAAGCUACAGAGUGAAAGUUGGUUUGGAUCCUCUUCAUUUCAUUUGUUUAGCUUUUCUGUUAUUUUCUCUACUUACAUGUAUUCCUGUGAAUAAAUCCUUGUUAAGUUAACCCUUUACUUUUCCUUCCAUGUGUAUUUUCUUAUAUACUGUGAAUGUGAAAACCUAACUGGUACACUUGAUCUUGUGUCCAUAUGAAAGUGCAAAUCUUUAUUAAUUUGGAUUGCCUGAACAGUGUAUCCCAUGAUGAUGAAGGAAAAAUGGAGAGAAUUUUCUUUUUAACUCUGCUGGUCAGAGACAAAGCCACACCUUUCCAUUUUUCAAUGCUGCAUAUUUAAUCUGCAACAAAAAAAUGUUAAGCCAUAACAGCCUUUUUAUAUUUUAGUUUGUCACCUUUGCAUUGCAGAAUAAAUCCUGAGUAACCAUUUUUAUAAGCAGUUGCUCCUCUUUGCAUGGUUCUGUUCUCUAAAAGUUUUGAAUGAUACAGCCAUUGCACUGAAGUUUGAGCUAUGUGUGUGUGAAUUUAUAAAUACUGUUUGAAAAAUUUUCAAGUGCAUGGUAGCAUGCAGAAAGGUUGUUCUUGUAUGUGUGUGUUUGUUUUUUUUAACAUGUUCUUUCACCUUCUUUCUUCUACUUUGGCUUUGCAAAUUUCAGUCUGUAGAGCCUGAAAUUAAAUCAUUUUAUAACAGCCAAUUUUUUUAAAAAGUUGUGAAUUGGAUUCAGAGGGGAUGUAGCAUUUUACUUUCUAGCUCGGUUGCAUCACUGGGAGCUCAAAGUUAAUCUUUAAUACCUUAGUAGGGUAACUGUUUUAGCCUUAAAUUAGUGAUACUGUGUAGUGCUUCAGAAAUUUUUUAGAAUUUAGUAUUAGACAUGAAUAUUGGAAUAGGUAGUAACUAUUUUAAAUGGAAAUAGCCAAAUUCCUCUCUGAUGAUGAUCACAGUAGAACAAAUAUAUAUCAAAACAACUAAGUUUAUCUGGACCUGUGAUUGACAAUUCUGUAUUGACUAAAAUCAAUAUUGUCACCUGUCUGAAAAAUUAAAUUUCUAGAUAGGCAGAUAUGUAACAUAAGAAUGUGCCCAGUUUUCUAGUCACUUGAUCGUUUUUACAUUUCAAGGAAAUUUAAUUUUAAAAUAGAAAAUAAAAGUAAGUAAACACAACUGGCAACCUGAGAUUGAGCUGGCUUUUUUUUGUGUGUAUUUUCCCCCUUGAGGUUAUUGUUUUCUUCCUGAUUUAUAUUUCAGAUAACAUAGUAUAGCACAGGAAUUUGCAGAAGCCAUUUAAGUUAUCUUUUGAGGUAAGCUCUGAUUCAGCAUUUACUGUUCUGAUAAAACCUAAUACAUCAUGGGAUAUAUAUAAAGCAACUUAAUUCUUGUGGUGUAGUCUUAAUAGUUUUGAAUGUUGACUGAAUGUCUAUGAAAUCGUGAGUUUGUCUUUGUUACAUUCCAGUGUUUCUGCCUGUUGGCAUGCUUAAGGCACGGCUUACUUCAUCUGCUCCUUACACACUAAAAUGCUGUUAGUGUGCUCAACUACAAAAAUAGCCGCUGCUAUGUGAUGUAGAUUUUCUACUUGAAUAUUUUUAUGUUGUAGGAACCUCAGGAGGUCAGUGUUUACUGUUUUAUAUAUGCCUUCUUUUUCCUGUUUGAGCUUCUCUCUUUGAAGGAUUCUAACAGAACAAAAGCUGCUGAUCAACCUAAGUUGGAAACAGAAAGUGUAUUUUUAAUAUAAUUUAAGUGCACGUUUGGCAGUUCCAUGUUACAGCCCUUAGCAAGUGAACUUAGUGCCAUAGAUAUUCAUUUAUUCAAGAAAGCAUUUUGCUUUUUGUAUUGUCUAAUCUCUUCAGUGACUUCAUACUGUGUAAAAAGUAGUCAGUUUUAUAUUUUUUGGUUGGUUGGUUGUUUCCCAAAUAACGUGUAAAUAGUCUUCAAGAGCCAGUUCUGAUGCUUUACAUAAUUGCUACUUGAUUUUGUUAAUAAGCAAGUUAGAUUUCAGAAGAAUAGGUUUUAAAACACUUAACCAAGCCAUUACAUACUAAAAACAAAACAAGUAGCAUACAUUUUGUAAGUAACAUAUUGAUAUAAACACUGUGAUUUUUUUGGUUAAGACUUUUUCAUUGAUCUGAAUUGCUUAAAUUGCAUAUAUUGUAAAAUAGAAUCAGAUGUAUAUUUUAAAAAUAAUUUCAACUGACUUUCUUCUUGAAAUGCUUUGUCUACUCAGUUAUAAAAUAUUUCAGAUACAAGUUUUAUCUCAGGUGAAUACUCUUGUAUCAAUUUUGCUUUGAUGACAUAGGCUUAUAAAGGGUCAUCAUACUUACAUUCUUUGUUUUUUAAUGGCUUUCAUUGAGAAUCUUCCCGUUUUGUUUAUUUUUUCUUUGUUUUUUCUUUUGUUUUUUUCCCCAAUUACUUUAGCAGACCAGGGUGAUAUAAAAUCCUUCUGACAAGCCUUUUGCAUGCAGGUUUGUCUGAAAAUGAAUUAAAUUUGGGCCUCCUUUCUUCCAAAUCCUCAAAAUAGCAGAAUGGGAAUUUGUCUCCCCUCUGUAAAGUUAUUCUGUAGCUGAAACGCCAGAAUACAACUGUGUCUUAAACCCUUCAGUCUAAAUGUAAGUCCUUUGCCAUGAGGAAAAAGUGGUUUUUUGCUUCAUAUAGUUAAUCUAUAUUAUUCAUAUUGAAUGUAUUAACAGAUAACGGUGCAAAAACAUUCUUCCCAGGAGAAGAAUGUGUCAUGCAUAAGUGCAGUUUAAAUCCUUCCUUUGGUAGUAGUUUAAAACACAGCUUUGCUUAUUGAAUUAUUUUUGCAAAUAAUACAGGGAGAGGGUAGCACACACUAACUGUUGGUACUGUUACUAUUAAUGAAGUGCAGCAUUGGAAUCUCGAAGAAAACCCGUCCUCGGAUGGUUAAGGGCCUGGGAUAAUCUAGAUGAGAAAACAGAUAGAUAACAGGCUGUGUUAACAAUAUUAUAUAGUACUGAUACCGUGCAGUAGCUUUGUAUACCAACUUAGUGCAUUUCACACUGUAUUAAACAUGGAGAUACUUCUAAUCUCUCUUCAGAAUUUUUACAUCCUUGUUAGUUCAUUCACCUGUAUACAGUCUUACAUAGACCUUCCCCACAUUGGCAUUACUUAUGUAGAUAAUCUUUAUGUCUGAUUGUUACAUUAAUUUCUAAAGUAUACAUUUAAAUGACAGCAACUGUCUAUUGUGGCUUGUAUCCCAGACUGUUUUGUAUGUGUAUUUUUUUAAAGAUGCAUAAUAACUAAAUGUGUGCAUGAUUUUGAGGAAAGUUAAAGUAGUGAUUUUUUUCCCCCACCUUUUUAAAACCAAGCCAGAUCUGUAGAUCUGUUUGCCAAGGUAGGCUGCCACUAAUUAGAAAACCAGUAGUUUUCCUUUUAUUAUUACAAUUUUUGUUUAUUUACAAUAGAAUCCUGUUAUGCUAUGGCUUGGUGUUAUGCAGAAAUAACUGUCUUAUACCUAUCUAAUUCUCUUUCUCUUAAAACCUGCUAUAAUAACUUGGUUAGCCUAAAAGGCAGUAUUGGUCCCCUCCUGUUACCAGCCUCAUAAAGGGGUUCUGCUGUACUUUCCUCAUCACUUUGUUUUCCUUUGUGGAUGUAUAACCAAACUGAGCUUGAGUGAUUUGUAAGGAGGUAAUAAUUAGACAAUACUGUAUAAUUAAUUUUGCUUAAUAGAUUAUCAUCUUGUGAGAAGAGAUACUUAAACAUGGUAAAUGGCUUCACUUCAUACUAUAAAAGUUCUCCUAUUCAUGUUAACAUUGGGUGCAAUAAUUUUAGUAGUGUUAGCUUUAGUUCUAAGUAACUGGAUCUUUCUGCUGACAACUUAGGUUGUAUGAGUUAUGCUUCAAAGCUUUAAAUCUGACGUUUCCUGUACCGCCACACUAUGUUAGAAUGUGUCCUUCAAACAUAUCCUCCUGCAACUUCUCCAAAUGUACUCGAUUGAUAUUCCUUCUAACUCUGUGCUAACAGAUCUUCAUUUUAAAUAGAAUACGGUUUUAAUUUUUGAUAAGCUGCUGACUUUUAAAGAGAGUUUUUUGGGGCCACCAAAUAUUUUGGAUCAUGCAGAGAAUAUAUAUUGUACUGUAGUAAUUUUGUAUUUACAUUUGUAUGAUGUGACAUAAUAGAUGUGAAUGUUAAUCACUGCUUGACUAUGUUAAUAAAGUUGUUUAACUAUA